CAUCCGAAAAUAGACUAUUGUAAACACCACACUCAAUACAAAGGGAGAGAAAAAAUUCAUCAUUCCGACAAUCACCAACGUUGAGAAACCACAAUCUCAAAAGUCUAAACAAUUUUCCAAUUUAUGUCACGUCGUCAAUAGCUCACUUAACGUCUCGAUGUCGUCUUCACUGCCGCCGUCUGCCACCACCCGCCACCUGCUGGUCUUUCCGUACCCAGCGCAGGGACAUAUGCUCCCACUCCUCGAUCUCACCAAUCACUUAGCCUCUCAUGGGGGCUUCACAAUUACCAUCUUGGUUACACCCAAAACCCUCCCCCUCCUUCACCCCCUUCUUCAAACCCACCCGUCCAUUCAAACCCUCGUUCUUCCCUUCCCUUCUCACCCCAAACUCCCCGUCGGCGUCGAACACGUCAGCCACAUUGGCAACCAUGGAAAUUUUGCCAUUGUGGCUGCCCUCCGCCAACUCCACGACCCCAUUGUUGAUUGGUUCAAUUCCCAUCCUUCCCCUCCCGUCGCCAUCAUUUCCGAUUUCUUUCUCGGCUGGACCCAACGCCUCGCCGACCAUCUUCAAAUUCCCAGAGUUGCUUUCUACGCAGUUAGCUCACUCCUCAUCCAUGUAAUGAACUCUUGUUGGGUUCACAUUAAAACAGAUCAUUUUAGUUCUUCCCCUGUCAUCGAGUUCAGUGAAAUCCCCAAAUCACCUUCCUUCAAAAAAGAGCAGUUGCCAUCGUUGGUAAAGCAGUACCAGGAUUCAGAUCCAGAUUGGAAUUUAUUGAGAGACGAUGUCUUAGCUAAUACAUCCAGCUGGGCUUGUGUUGUUGAUACGUUCGAGAAUUUGGAUCUCGAGUAUUUAGACCACUUGAGGAAAUUGUGGGGCGAAGGGCGUGUAUUUGGUGUUGGACCGGUACAUCUCAUCGGCGCUACAAAGGAUGGGCGGAACCCAAUUCGAGAGUCGAGUUCAGAGAUUCUCACAUGGUUAGACAAAUGCCCUGAUGAUUCGGUGGUUUACGUUUGUUUUGGGAGUCAAAAGCAACUGAGUCGGCAGCAACUGGAAGCGCUGGCUUCUGCACUUGAGAAAAGCGGUACUCGAUUCGUAUGGGUGGUUAAGACAAUUCAUCAAACAGAUGGGAGGUCGAACGGAAUACCAGUUGGAUUUGAGGAUCGUGUGUCGGAUCGUGGAAUUGUGGUGAAGGGAUGGGUGCCGCAAACGGCGAUACUUCAUCACCGAGCCGUGGGGGGGUUUCUGAGUCACUGUGGGUGGAACUCGGUGGUUGAGAGCAUAGCGAACGGAGUAAUGGUACUUGGUUGGCCCAUGGAAGCGGACCAAUUUAUCAAUGCGAGACUAUUGGUAGAAGAUUUGGGAGUGGCGGUGCGCGUUUGCGAAGGAGCGAACUCGGUACCUGAAUCGGAGGAGUUGGGGAAGAUAAUCGCUGAGUCUUUGAGCAGAGAUUCAUCGGAGAAAAUGAAAGCGAAAGCGCUGAAAAGAAAGGCCGUGGAGGCAGUGAGGCCUAAUGGAAGUUCAUGGAAGGACAUGCAAGCCUUCAUCGAUAAGUUGAUUCAACUACCUCAAAAUUAGAUAAAUGUAAUACAUAGUUGCAACUCUGUUUAAAAAAAUGUAUUUUGUAACGAUUUCAAUGUGGUUAUGAUCAAAGUACUUACAUUAAACACUUUAAACAAUGUCUUGUCUUCCAUUUUAUUGAAGUCACAAUUUAAGUGUCUUAAUUUAAGUA